AUGAAGAUGGUGGUCGUCCUUUUGGCUUUGUCAAACAACUCUUUGUUGGCGGUGGUAGUGGAGGGGGCGGCAGAGUUUCUUUGCUUUCUUUGGUUGGCUUAUAAACUGAUUUUUGCAUAA